AGUUCAAAUUUCAUCCACUGAAUAGAAUAUAAUAGUAUUUUUUUCUGAUAUUUACAAGAUUAACCUUUUCUAAAUACAAAUUUUAUUUAAAAUACAAAUUCGAAACGUUUACAGCGAAUAAUGUGAAAAGAAGUCCGCAGAAUAACCUACAUAUAUUUUUGAUGCAUGCUCAAGUACACGAAAUAAAAAAAUGUUUAAACGUACAUUUAAAUUAGUUUUUAGACCAACUAAAAGCAAUUUCUUAAUGCUGCCUGAAAAUUAUUACAACGUGGUAUCAACAUAUGAUACUGGCUGUUUGAGUUUGCAAUACAGCGGGCACACACAUUACGCAUCGUGGGCGCCACAUGCUGGCGCCGUGAAAGAUACUGAAAUUGGGAUCAAUGCCAGGGUGGCAAAAGAAAUUGGUUUGAGUGAAAAUGAUCUAGUGAAGUGUUCACUCAUAGCUGACGUUUUGACUUUGAGAAGUGUUUUUGUUACACCGGUGUCGGCCAAGGACUGGGAAAUAAUUGAAUUAAGCGGUGAAAAGAUUUCGAAUAGUGUUUUGGAACAAAUUCGCAUUGUAAAUUCUACACAAAUUCUUAUAAUAUGGAUAAACAAAUCAAUGCAAGUGGCCUUAACAGUAGAUCGUGUACGACCAAUUGUUUCGUAUGGCCGGAUUGAUCACAACACAGAGUUGGUGAUAGCACCGAAUCUGUAUAAGGAUAUUACGAAUGGUAGCAGUAAUGGUGCUUCGUCGGACACCAACGAUUCAAACAUAAAUGAACUAGGUCAAUUGAGUCGAAGCCGCACCAGCGCUCGGAUUCGCAACUUGACUGAAGAAAACUCCGAUCCCCAUUUGGUACGUUCGACAACAACUACUAAUAUUAAAAAGUUAUCUCGCUCAGAGUCAAUAGCGAAAUCGAGUCGCAAUGAUAAAAUUAUUCGUUUGAAAAAGGAUUUGCGUCGGGAAAGUACACAUACUUUUGAAUUUCGCGCUAUUAGUGGUGAAUGGAAGGAAAAUUCCCAAAUUUCUGACGUAUAUCUGAGUAAAAGUAAUUGGCCUGAAUUUUUGGAAUUGAACAACGUAUACUCUAUGAAAACACCAAGUGAGCAGGAAUAUUAUGUAAAAGUAUGUGUGUUGGCCGACGAUGAACAACAGUACACUGCCCACACUAGCAUUCAGGUUAAUUUGAAUCUUAUGAAGAAAUUGAAUUUAAAAGAAAUGGAGAAAGUAGUACUUAAGCAAAAGGCGGCUGUUGUAAAUUUUGUAGAGAAAAUAGAACUGUUCGCACAAAAGAAAACGCAUUAUAAAAUUAUUGAAAAUGCCUUUAAACGUUAUGUAAUAGAGAGAACCAAUAAAUCACCAAUGCUCUUAAAUCAGGAUGAAGUUGUACGCUUAGAGGAUAAUCUAAUUGUGACCAUCGGCAUUUUGCCUGAACAUUUUCGGUAUUGCGUUAUAGAUUCGCAAUUUUUGAAAGAGUCGAAAAUUUAUGCUGCCGAUUUGGUUCGCAAAGUUGACGAGAUGCUUGAAGUACAACCCCAAGAGAACUCGCCGUUAAGUGUUAAAGAUUUGAUAAAACUGCCAGCAUUUGAUGAAAUCGUUGUUAAUUUGGUUGAUGAAUUAAAAAUGAACUUGUGCUUGGAUUCAAAGAAUGCAAUACUGAGACAAGGAAAUAUUCUUAUCGCAGGUGCAACUGGUACGGGAAAAACUGUAGUGGUGGAGAGAAUAUUAGAUGAGUUGGUGAAGAAGCCUUAUUUUUGUUUUUUCGAUAUAUUUUACUGUUCGAGGAGUAAAGGAAGAAAGGCUGAAUCAAUACAAAAAGACCUGCGUAGUAUAUUUACAACCUGCUUGCAAAAUUCACCUUCCAUUGUCGUGCUGGAAAACCUCGAUGUACUAGCUCAUUUUGCAGGCGAUCAAACAACACAGGAUGGCGAAUAUUACAACCGAAUCGCCGAUACUGUACACCAAUUAAUUGUGCAAUAUACUAGUAACAAUCCCAUUUCGGUAAUCGCGACAGUAAGUGAGCUUCAAGCUUUGAAUAAACGUUUAUAUUCGCCCCGAGGACGCCAUCUUUUUCAAAAUGUAACUAAAUUACCUAGCCUGGAACGUGAGGGACGAGAAUUGAUACUUCAAGAGCUUUGCAGUCAUAUCGAAACGGACAAAUUAGAUUUGUGCAAAUUUGCAAACCUAACUGAAGGCUACAAUAAAGGAGAUCUAGUACAGUUGGUUGAACGUGCUAUAUUUUACGCAUAUAGAAUAAGUAAAACGCAUCCGAUUCUUACAAAUGAACUCCUAAUCGAUUCACUGGCGAAUACGAAUUCUUAUUGCCUUCAAGGUAUUGAGAACCAUCAAAAGGUUAAUGACGAUGACAAUCUCGAGGAAUUGGCGGUUGAAGAAGUGCCGGGCUUAGAGCCAGUUGUUUCUGUAUUAGAGGAAGUGUUGAUGUGGCCAUCUCGAUUCCCAAGCAUUUUCCAAAAUUCUCCGCUUCGCAAUCAGGCUGGCGUUUUACUGUAUGGUCCGCCUGGGACUGGUAAAACGUUUCUUGUAUCUAAAAUUGCACGUUCAUGGAAUUUACGCACAAUAUCCGUUAAGGGUCCCGAACUGUUGGCUAAAUAUAUUGGACAAAGUGAAGAGAACGUACGCAACCUAUUUAAUCGUGCCCGCAGCGCCAAACCUUGUGUACUGUUUUUUGACGAGUUUGAUAGCUUGGCACCGAAACGUGGUCACGAUUCAACAGGUGUUACAGAUCGUGUAGUAAAUCAACUGCUGACAGAACUAGACGGUGUUGAGAGUCUGCAAGGCGUUACUGUAAUUGCUGCCACUUCACGUCCUGAACUCCUUGACCCAGCGCUACUACGCUCAGGACGUAUCGAUCGUUUAGUUGAAUGUGGUCUUCCCGACGCUUUGGCACGUGUGCGCAUUUUCGAAGCACUAUCAGCUUCUCUGAAUUUAGAUGACUCCGUUGAUUUUGAUUAUUUCGCCAGUCGUACUCAAAACUACACCGGCGCUGAUAUACAGAGCAUACUAACCUCGGCUAACAUGAUUUCGGUCAAGGAGGCUUUAUCCCAAUAUGCACAUGAGGUUUUUUUUAUUUUAUUCCAUUUCCAGAAACAGUUGUCUAGAAUUUUGGUACGACAAAAGCAUCUAAUCGAAGCUUUCAACACGACUCGGCCCUCAUUGAGCGCAGCGGAUAUUGCCAAGUAUCAGAAGACUUACGCUCGAUUUACUAACAAGGAGCGCGGAGGAGCACGCGAUUUUGUGGCUAAGCGGGCCACGUUGGCAUAGUUGAAGCUGUCUUUAGUACGACCAACAACAAUGGUUGCUACCAUUUUAUAUAAAUUGGAUUUUAUUUUUAUAUUCAGUAGGUAUAUUUACAACAAAUUAAAUAGUGGUGUGGUGCGUUACCAUAUACGAUUGUAUACAUACUGUGUAAUGCUUCUUUUCGUUGAUCCGUUUUGUUCGACAAAUAAAUGAAAAAAAUUAAUAAUAUUAAA